UUUACAGUUUGCAGAAGUUGCAUCGUUAAAUAUUUGGCGAAUAACAAGUAUUGCCCGAUCUGCGAGGUACAGGUUCACAAAAGUAGGCCGCUAUUAAAUAUACGUCCCGACUAUAUGUUACAGGAUAUUGUUUAUAAACUGGUACCUGGAUGUUAUCAAAACGAGAUGCGAUGUCGGAGAGAAUUUUAUGCGAAACAUCCAGAGGCGUGUAGUCAAGAUGCGAUGCCUCCGGAAGCUCGUGGAGAACCUGCAGACUCGCACAUAUAUUCUCCGGAUGAAUCUCUCAGCUUGUCCCUGGAAUACUAUAAUCCUUGUACAAAAGAUUUAAAUGAGACGAAUUCUGGGAAAUCCCUUUUAAGGCGAUACUUUCGGUGUCCUGCAGCGGUUACUAUAUUCCAUUUACAAAAACUAAUAAGGGCCAAGUACGGCCUUGGUGAUGCAAAUAGAGUCGAUGUAAUGUACGAAGAGGAACCGUUAUGCAGUAGUUAUACAUUAAUGGAUGUGAUGUAUAUCUAUCAUUGGAGGCGGAAAGUACCGUUACAUUUAAGCUAUAGGAUAUUUGAAACAUCUUCGAAACGCCUGAAAUUAUCGGAAGACAAUGCGAACUAUAAUAAAUCGUUAAUGGACGCUGGUAUCGAUUCCAUAGAUCUGAAGGACGAGAAGUCGUUGAAACGCGAGUGGAAAGAGGUGCAAUUAAAAAUAUCGGAAACAGGUGUGAUGAGCAUAACCGAUAUAUCGAGUACAGUAGUCAAGAGGGAGGCAGGAAUUGAGAAUUUGGAAGGUGAAAAAACUGGAGGGGAAACUAUAACUUCCAUUGCGGAAAUUAAUAAAGCGGAUUCAGUGAAAAUAGAAAAUUGUGGUGUAUCUAAGUCUUCUGUAGAAAUAAUACCGUCUACUUUGAUUAUUGACGCACAAAUGACAAAGACUCCAAUAUUUUCUGAAACGAGCAACGCAUUCCUCGUUACAAAUGACAUUAAGUUUACAGGCGACAAUUUAUCGACUAACUCGAAUUGUACAUCGCUAACUAAUCAGCAGAAUGGGACUGCAACGAGGCAGACAAGUGAAACGAGAAAUUGCACCGCUUCUGCAAAACUGCAACAGGACGCACAAGAAGUAAAAAUCCCCAAUCAAAGCAUUAAAGUCGAAGAUAAAUCGGAGACGGUUUCGCAAGGGCAAAAAAGCAUUGGUCACUCAGCGACGCAAUUUACGGAGGAGAACGUAAUUGUUAUUGAAGACACGGAAAAGACAGAUGCGCAUGCGAAAAAAAUGUCGAUAAAUAACAACAACAAUAACGCAGAUUUCCAGGCCGAGACUCAGAAGGAAUGCAUAAAAAGUUCGAACGAGGCAAAGAUGGGAAGUGCUGGAUCGAAAAUUGACGCGUUAAGCGUAAAAUUACAAUUUCAACCGAAAAUGGGUCAAGUUAAUAACACUUACUCCAAGAGAGCGCCGAAGGAGAAGCGAGCGACUCUUCAACAACAAAGUGCGAAGAAGUCUGACGUUAAGUCAUCGACCGAAGACACAAAGCUUACUGACGCGAAAGCGCAAACGAACUGCGGGAGUGUAACGGGUAAAGUAUCAAUUUCGACGGCGACUCCUUCGCAGAAGUCAGCGUCCGCGUCCGCGGUGGCGUCUCAAAAUACUUCGAACUCUUCGUCCGGAUCUGACAAGCAAAAAGCUCCCGACGAGAGGGAUAAUCAAAGUAUAAACAUCGAUUUGCAGCAAGCUUUGAAUUUGCUGGAGCAAAGAAACUCACCCGUACAAACGUCGACGGAAUCUGUCCCGAGAACGAGUCACGCCGCCGACGUGGCCAAUCAGAGAUUACAGAGCAACAAUAUAGCGGCGGUGAAUGAGAACAUCGCGUCCACCGUACCGAACGUUUCCACAUCCACGAUCAGUCAGACGACGUCGACGUUCCCUUACACGCUUCACGACAUCGUGACCAACUCGGCCGUUCUGAAAUCAGCACUAAAUUCCAGCAGCAUACCUCAGAAACCGUUAGGGACGCCUUCCAUUGCUUGUUCAACGUCCAACAACCAAAUGUGCCCGUUGCCUCAGUUCAACGUGCAAACGUCAUCCAUAAAUGUGUAUUCCAUACCCACGUCGCUGAAGAAUAACUACGGUAACGUCGGUCAGGAUGUAAAUACCGUGACGGCCAUGUCAACAGCAACGAUCACAACGACGGCAAUGUCGAAACCGAUGUCAACAUCAUGCCCGAUACCUCCGUGUCCGGACGCGAUCCCCAUAUCGCUGAUGAAGCAGAUGUCCAUGCGCAAGCAGGACGUGACCGCGAAAGGUACCAAUCUGAAUGAGAUUUGCGCGAAAAUCGGCUCCAACACGAUUGGCUCGAAGAUCAACGAUAUCUGCGCGAAGAUAGGGGAGAACUCGAAGGAGAAGAACAGAAUGGACGCGCACGGUAAAGCGGACGUGCCGGAUCUGCUUAGAAUAAGCGGUAAGAAGAACUCUACGCCGUUAUUGCCCAAUUCGGACACGGCGAUCAAGCAUAUACCGAACAUCCCGAACGUUCCGGUGUAUACACCGAGCAGCAACGCGGCGACGAUGGAAAAUAAGAGCUCCAAGCCCGCUUUACCUACGUCUACGUCCGCCGGUGCGCUGGCGGUGCCGACGUCGUCGGCACCGGCGUCGUCCCACGCGACCCAGAGACUGGCGCUCCUCACGAAGCAGAGAACGGUCGGGUACAAGACCCUGCGCGACCCGCCCAAGUCCUGGAAUCCCACGUUGUCGAAAAACAACUACGUGGCGGCGAAGAAUCAGGCGAAGGAGAUGCAGAAUCAGGCACAGACCUCCGUAUCCGACGGCGCGAACAAGCAGAUCCCGUCUAAGCCGGCCAAGAUCUUCAAGAUGCGAAACAUGCCGCGGUACCUGGGCAAUCCCGCGUCAGGCGUGAAACCCAUGUACGGGGUGACGAACGACACGAAGGAGAAGGAACAGUCGACGGCCAACGCGAAAAGCGCCACCCUCAACAUGAUGAAGAUCGAUCCCAAAACCCUGUCGCCCAUCGUCUCGACGAUCAACUCGCCGAUCGUCUCGCCGCCGCCUUACUCGCCGAACGCACGAAGCUAUCAGAACACUCCGUUCUCGCGGGACAUAUGCCGGAACACCGGCUCGCCCAUAUCGCCGAGGAACUCCCCGGUAAAUAUGCUGUCGACCAAUCCAUUCAUACCGUCUCCCACGCCCAACACGAAUCCCCGGAUCAUAUAUUCUCACUUUCCACCCCCGUUCCCAGAUGCCAGCCGAUUCCCGAAUCCCCUGAUACGGUCGCCCAUCGGCAUCCCGCCUCCCAGUGCCUUUCACAGCAGUCUACCGCCCUCGAUCAACAAGCUGUACCAACGGUCGAGCUACAUCCCGCAGACCACCGGUUACGCGCCGGUUGUCGGCCAGCCGCCGGCGGUACAGAGAAUACCACCUAGCACGCACUCGUCCUCGCCGAAGUCGCCCAAGGCCUCCUCGCCGAGCUCGAUCUCCUCCGCAUCGUUCAAUCUCGGGAAAACGGAGUCACAGUCGCCGAUCACGUCGACGGUGGACAGCGUCGCGCUGCUGCUCUCUAAGAGCGUGGCCGUGCCGGUAUCGAUGCCGGUGCCGGUGUCCGUGUCGCUGCAACGCGAGCUAAACGCGUUCAAUCUAUCCAAGACCGGCGGCUUGUCGCCGAGUUCGACUUCCAACGUCGUCAAGACGUCAACCGCGAGCGACGCUGACGUCGAGGCGCAGCCGAAGCCGAACUCCUCCUCGAUGUCGAUGUCGCUCAAUUUGCCGACGAGCGCGGAGACACCCGAGAACUCGUCGAACGGCACCAAUGAACGAAAGCAGGGUAAGGAGACGGAAGCGCGGAAGGCACAGGAGGCCGCGCGAUGUAAAGAGGACAAUUCCAAAGCGAAGCUUACGGAGACGAGGUGCAGCGUCGAGACCGCUGAGAACGCUGCGAGCCUGCAUGACAAAAGGGAGAGGAGCCAAGCGGCCAAGAUCAACGGCGACGUUACAACGGAACAAAUCGCGAGUAAGAAAUCUAAGGAGGACGGUAGUAGCGACGUGACGGCGACGAAGGCGGAGGCGACCGAACGAGACGGCCAGGUAGAACGGCCCUCGUCCAAAGAACGGAAUAAUAUUCCGAAGAAUAGCACUCAAGUCAAUAUCAACGACUCGCCGGCGGACGAUUCCAAGAACGAAGAUCUCGGCAAGAGCGGUGAGCAGAUACAGGGUAAUAAAUCUGAAGUACAAAAAAGUAAAGCGGAGACGUGAUCGUGAGAUAAGAAGGAUUAAUCAUCUUUAGAUGCGAGUUGCAAAAGGUCUCGCUACGCGUAUUUGGUGGCAUUUAAUUCGGCACAGUGCGGCUUAAGUGUAGAAUGAAUCCUGUAACAAGCUUAUACACGGCCCAUGUUCUGACGUUUACUGCCGGUGAAUCUAGCAUUUCCAACCGCACGAUUGAGUGUGUGUAUGCGUAUGCAUAUUGUAUACAUGAUACAUGUAUACAUACAGAGUGAUUCGUAUAAAGUAACCGAUUUGAUUAUUAGCAAAAUUUGAAGACGUAUGAAAAAGUAGCCCGAAAGAAUACUGUCGUAACUAAAAAAAGUUUUGAUUUUGAGUUAAGCCCAUAAAAAGUGCCUAAAAUUAUCUAUGUUAUGAUAGUGUCACAAGUCUACAUGCGAAAUACGUUGCACGGGGCUACAGUGUCGUUCUUCUUUUGAGCCAGUUAUAUUCGCGAUUUCUUGAAUAAUAGUAUUGUAAGCUAAGUGACAAGUGAAUCACGGUAGACCGCUUCAAGAAACGGUAUAUAAGUUAUGUUAGGCUGUUUUUUUUAUUGCUGUGCUGGACUGCACUAGAACUUUCCUUCUCACUUUCGCCAAAUUGCAAAUGUAUACCUAGUUCACUUCAAGUACAGAGAGUGUUCACUAGUAAGCAAUAGAAAUUAGAUUAUAACAAAAUAUCAUAAUUGAAAUUGCGUUAGUCAUUUCACAAUUAAAAAAAAUUGAAUUAAAUUUGUUUUUUCUCUCCCCUGAAAAUCGUGAAUUGUUGAGUAGCGACAGUAUUCUUUUCGGGAUGCGAUAUAGUGGAAACGAUUACUGUUAAUUUUAUUAUUAUUAUUUUUUUAAUGGAAUGCUUUUUAUUUUAUAGUCCAAUAGCCCUUUUUAAGAUAAGUUUAAUGAUUACUAUAUGAGGGCAUUAAAGGUCAGUCGAGGUGUGGUAUAUAUAUAUAUACACACACACAUACACACACUUGGAUAUUUAUAAAAAUUGUGCUUAUGCCAUCUCUGCCGGCGCAUUACGAAAAAUGUCAGAAGAUAAGCUGGUUAUGAAGCUGGAUGCCGAUAAGUUUUUACAACAUGUGCAUCAUGUAAGGAGCAAAGAGCACUUAUGACCAUUGUUGAAGAUGUUUCACGACGUGUUAGAAAUCUGUAUAUUUCUGUAAAUAGCAAUCGCAAAAGAUCUAAUUAUUUUAUAUUAUAAAUGAGUUAUUAUGACAAAUAUGUUGAAUAUAUUAUUUUAUAAGUGUACGUUAAUGAUAUAAUUAUGAGAUCGUCUGAAUUUUCAUACGCAUAUCUAACUUUGAUAUUAACGUUAUUGACGUUAAUCCACCAUUGUUACUGUACUUGCAUACAUGUAUAGAUGUGUAUCUAAGAUCCCACUUUUAUUCCCUAUGUCUCUCCCAUAUAUUUGUUUUUUAUUUCAAAUGAGUUUCAAACCGAUUUCUGUUUAACGGACGUUCGUAACUCUUUGCCACCGCGAUCUUUAGCCAUUUCUAUGAUAUUAUUCGAUAUUGAAUACAAUGAUUAAAUUGUUAAACGGUAUUUUAUUAAAAUAUGUGAAACUAUUUUGAUACGCCACGAUCAUAUAUAUCGUUUCAUAGUAUGAAAAAAAGCAGUGAAAUAUGUUUCAAGUGGGACAGUCUCUAUGUCAUGUUUUUCUUACUUCGUUACACAUAUAUUACAUAUUGCAACAUAACGAAACAUAUAUAAUAUAAUUAUUUUUUUUCACAGAUACGAAUAUAAGUUGUGCACUGAGCACUUGGAAAACAGGUUAUCUGUAAAGUUAUAUAUUUAAAUCAACUAUAUUAUUUGUAUCUUUUAGUGCAUAUGCUUGCUGUUAAUUUGUUAAUAGCGUUAUGUAUAAUGCAUUAUAAUGUCUUAAUAACAUAUAAUGUGCAUUCUUGUGCAUAUUAAACGGAUGCAAGUUAUUCCUUAGCGUUAAGUAACUAAAAGUGUUGCAAUCACUUUUUCGAUAAAUAAUGUAAUUACGGAAAAAAAACAUGUUUAUGGAACGUGUGAACACAUAAUUAUUCAUAGUAGGAAGAGAGUACCCAUACACACACGAGCACAUUAGAUAUGUGUAUAAAAAAGUAUUAAGUAUAGUUGAUCUAAUUAAAUUAAUAAUAAUGUUACCUAAAUUUAAAUUA